UUGGAACAGUCAAAAACAGUUCAACACAGUUCAGUUUGAACAGAAAGACACAGAUAGGCUGACAACUGGGCAGAGCGCUCCAUUAACAAGAUAUGGCCACAGACAGCAGUUUCUUGUCUGAAGAUCAGUUCAUGUGCUCCAUCUGUCUGGAAGUUUUCACCGAGCCUGUUUCUAUCCCAUGUGGACACAACUUCUGUAAGGCCUGUAUCAGCCAGCACUGGGAAGGCAAGGAGCUGUGUAAGUGUCCCCUGUGCAAUGAGAAAUUCAGCAAAGGGCUCAAACUUUGUGUCAACACGGCAUUCAGAGAUGUAGUGGAGAACUUCAAGAAGAGACUAAAUGAGAUAUCUAACAAUGAUGCUCCAGCCAAAGCAGGGCAGGUUGAAUGUGACUGCUGCCUGGGCACAAAGUUUAAAGCCUCUAAAACUUGUUUGGUGUGUUUGACUUCAUUUUGUGAGACACACCUCGAACCUCAUCGGAAAGUGGCUGCCCUACAGGGACACAAACUGACUAACGCUAUCCACAACCUGGAGGACAAAAUCUGUAAGAAACACAACAGGAUUCUGGAGCUCUUCUGCAGGAACGACCUGACUCGUAUUUGUGUUCAUUGUACAGAGCAUAGCGCUCAUGACACUGUCCCUUUAGAGGAAGCAUAUGUGGACAAGUCGGCUCAGAUGGUGAUUCAAAAAGUGGAAGUACAGGAAGUUAAACGGAGGCGGGGAAAGAAGGGUCAGAAGUCUAAAAUGCAGACCACGAGAAAAGCCAAAGAUGAGGCAAUAGAAGAACAAAGCCAAUGUUGCUUUUUUCAAUGCCUACCUGGCAAUAUGGGUUGUUCUGAAGGGAGAUUCUGCUAUCACGUUCAGCUCCCAAGAGGCACCGACUGGUUUUUAGGAGUAGUUAGAGAGUCAUUAUUAAGGAAAAAGAGCAUCCAAAUUAACCCUAGGACUGGAAGCUGGAUCAUAAAGUAUAUUCAUAAAUGUGGCUGUGGCAUUGCUCUACAUAAAAAACCUGUUGUGUUUGGCUUCACGAAAAAACCUGAGAGAAUCAUGGUGUGUGUAGACUAUGACAACGGAUUAGUGUCCUUCAGUGAUGCAGAAACUGGCACCCCCAUUUACUCUUUCACUGGCUGCAAAUUCCAAGAGAGAAUUUUUCUGUUCUGUGGUCAAGACAAUUCUGGCUGGAUACAAUGGCUACAAAUGAAGGUUCAGACCAUGAAUCCUCGGGAUGUCUUAUUAUGCUUUCUUUUUAUUAUAUUUUUUCUGAUUUUAUUUUCACAAAAUUAAACGUCACAUCAUGUUUUACCAGAGCGUAUUUCAAACCAUUCUCAUCAAAUCUGAAUACAGUCAGAACUAAUCAUGAAAGACUCAUCUUUUUAAGGGCAAUGUAAGUAAGUUCUGUGUAAAGGAAGUUUUAUCGUUUUAUCAGUGUAUCAGUUUUACGUUUAAAAAAAAGGGUGAAUGUAUGUUUAAAAUCUUUUGAAACAUUGAAAUAAAAUAACAUGUUAUUGCUA